GAAAACGGACAUAUAAAAACGACACCGUUUAGAGCUUCCAUCUUCAACAUAACAAAAUCGAAAGUGUAUCCGUCAGAUCUCAGUCAAAACCCCAACUCCGAUCCGAGUCAUAGAAAUGGCGACUCGACUGAUUCUCCACAUCACACUCGCCUCUCUCCUCCUCUUCUCUCUCCUCUCCACGCCCAUUCUCUCAUCCCCCGCCGCCGAUGACGACGACGAGGAUCUCAGCUUCCUCGAGGAACCCGAGUCCGCCGACGCCGCAUCCGGCGACGACCACCACCACCACCACUCCGACGCCGAAUACUCUGACAACGAAGAAGAGGAAUUCGAUGACUUCGAGGUUCCCUCGGAUUUCAAUCACCAAGACGAGGAGGAAGGUGAUGCCGCCAAUUUUGACGAGAAGGACGUCGUCGUAUUGACUGGUGGUAAUUUCAGUGAUUUCGUCGAUGAGAAUAAGUAUGUCAUGGUGGAAUUUUACGCGCCGUGGUGCGGGCACUGCAAGGCACUGGCGCCGGAGUACGCAGCGGCUGCCACCGAGUUGAGGGCGGAGAAUGUGAAGCUCGCCAAGGUGGAAGCCACGGAGGAGAAUGAUCUGACGGAGAAGUAUGAAGUUCAGGGGUUUCCUACUCUGUUCUUCUUUGUUGAUGGGGUGCACAGACCUUACACUGGUCAACGGACCAAGGACGCUAUUGUUACAUGGAUUAAGAAGAAAACUGGACCUGGUAUAUCUAACAUAACAACGACAGAGGAUGCAGAGAGUAUAUUAACGUCUGAGGAUAAGGUUGUUUUGGGCUUCCUCAACUCUUUGGUGGGGCCCGAGAGUGAAGAGUUUGCUGCUGCAUCAAAGCUUGACGAUGAUGUUAACUUUUACCAAACUGCAAAUCCCAAUGUGGCGAAGAUGUUUCACUUGGAAGCUAAUGCGAAACGCCCUGCUUUGGUCUUGCUAAAGAAAGAGGCAGAGAAAGUGGCCCAUUUUGAUGGAGAGUUCAAAAAGUCUGUAAUAGCUCAGUUUGUUUCUGCCAACAAGCUUCCUUUAGUGACCACUUUUACCCAAGAAAGUGCAUCACUGAUAUUUGAGAACCCUAUUAAAAAGCAGCUUUUACUCUUUGCCGCAUCAAAUGAUUCACAAGAGGUCUUUCCAAUAUUUCAAGAAGCUGCAAAGCUUUUCAAGGGAAAGCUUAUAUUUGUAUACGUGGAUAUCGACAAUGAAGAAGUUGGAAAGCCAGUGGCAGAUUAUUUUGGAAUCGCUGGAGAUGCUAUAAAGGUUUUGGGCUAUGCAGGAAAUGAUGAUACUAAGAAAUAUAUACUCGACGGUGAAGUUACACUUGAGAAAAUCAAGGCAUUUGGGAAGGCUUUCGUGGAAGACAAGCUCAAACCUUUCUAUAAAUCAGAUCCAAUUCCCGAGAAUAACGAUGGGGAUGUCAAAAUAAUCGUUGGAAAUAAUUUUGAUGAUAUUGUUUUGGACGAGUCUAAAGACGUUCUUCUCGAGCUAUACGCACCAUGGUGUGGCCAUUGCCAAUCCCUCGAACCAACAUACAACAAGCUUGCCAAGCACUUGCGCGGCGUUGAAUCUCUCGUUAUAGCCAAAAUGGACGGAACCACAAACGAACACCCCAAAGCCAAAGCUGAUGGGUUUCCCACAAUUCUCUUCUUCCCAGCGGGAAAAAAGAGCGUCGAUCCCAUUUUGGUCGAUACUGACCGGACAGUAGUGGCAUUCUACAAGUUCAUCAAGAAACAUGCUUCGAUCCCUUUUAAGCUUCAAAAACCAGGUUCGGAUUCUAAAGCCCGAAGAAAGAAGAAGUAACUAAGACAUCCACUAAUGAUGUGAAAGAUGAGCUAUGAAGGUGAUUUGUAUUACUGCAAAUUGCUCUUUCUGUGAAUCUAUAGGCAGAUUCCUACUUACAGGUACUGAGACAGAGAUACAAGAAACGGAUAAUAUAUAUAUGAAGAGAAUCUAAGUUAUCUAAUUUUGUCUUUGUAUCAACUUUUUUGAUUAACAUCCUGAUUAACUCAUAAUAUAACAUAUAUUUCUUUCCAUAAUACUAUCAUUUUUAGUCUUGCUUAUUUUUGGAUGACCCAAGAUUACGGGAAAUUAGAUGUGACACCUGAUUAUUUACACUUGAUGGAUUUCAACCGAAGAUCUAUACAUAAUUACACACACAACCAUGUAUAUGUGUGUAUGUGUGCUUAGUGAGUAGUUGUUUAAUCAAAUAUACAGCUCAAAUUCAUUCGGUCUACAUAACUAUGUGUAACAUCUAAUUCCUCAUUACUAGUGUAUGGCAGGAUGGGUAUUUUCUAUUUUU